CCUUAUUUGUAUGGUCGCCGCUACCGAGUUCCCCAAUCCGCAAAAGGAAUGGCGGCUCUGUGGAAGAUACAAACCGUCAUUUGUUUGUGACCCUGACUUCAUUUUGGAGCGCGGUGAUGCUGAACGACUAGAUCACUUGGCAGACGACUUUCGCAGAUCAACAUCAUGCAUGUGUCGUCCUUGUAGCAGUGGCAUUUCAGUUGGGAUAUUUAUAAAGAGCAACUUGUCGCAAGAAUCACUAGAAAAAUAUCCUGAUGCGAAAGACUUAGCAGAAACUAUAAGAAGAAGAUGGAGCUUGGGAUUUUGCAAUGAUGACAUCGUAAUCGUUUUAGUUACGCAUUUACAAAUGGUUCCUUCUCAUUUUGACUCCAUCAAGUCGGAUUUCAGCAUGGGCUCAGCUGUCAAGAACAUCCUCGCCCAGGAAAAGGCCGACGAAAUUCUCAGAGACUGCAGAAUCCACUUCGAGUCUGGCUGGUACUAUCAAGGCCUGGAAUCCAUGGUCAAUUCUUUCAACGACAUCCUCAUACAGCUUCAGAAGGAGAGGAAUGGCGCCGGCAAAGGCCUCAUAGUGGGCAUAGCAUUGGGGACUGGAAUGUUCCUCGUUCUGACGGUGACAGCAGUCGUCCUUCUGUGCCGACAGUCCCAAAGAAGGAAGGAAUACUGUGAUGACAUCUUGGAAAAGAAACCCAUGAAAACAAAUCGCAAGCAGCUCAGUAAGGACAACGAAGAGAAGCACCAGCUGGAGAAACUGAAGGACCCAAUCAACAGCGACGGCGAAGGGGAGGACGACGACGAUGAUGAUGAAAUACUAUCAUCCGUUGCUAAUUCUAAUAACUUUUCCUCCUUGCAUUUUUCACGCGUUAGAAGACAAUUGAGUGACAUUACAGAAGUCUCAACGGAAGAGUGUGACACGCCGAAAGGAGAUCCCUCCUCACUGCCUUCAUUGUACCACACCCCAAGUAGCUAUUCUCACAAUUUGCAGAUUACGGAACUGUGAGGCAGUAUUGUUCACUCUUCAAAGAUUCAUACACAGAUCCCCUUGUUCAAAUACAUACAAGCGUCCCUCGUAUAACACGGUACUUCUUAAUACUUCAUGG